GCCGAGCUCUUUUCGUGGGCAGACGGCAAAAAUGACAAGUACGCGGGAUGCUGCGCUCCAUCCAAGCGGAGCCGGUUGCGCGUUUUUACGCAGGGCUGCAGGUCCGAGCUCACCCAUAAAGACCCCCAGCCUUUCUCAGUUUAUUCUGAUCGUGUCAGUGAUGUUGCUGGUCCCGGUCCAGCCGGCAUCUGCUCAUCCUCAGUGUCUGGAUUUCGAGCCACCUUUCAAACCCGUGUGGCACCUGGAGUUUUGCACGCAGUAUGAGGAGUUUGGCUGCUGUGACCAGAAGACGGACAACGUGAUCGCGGAGAGGUACUGGGACAUCAUUGAACAGGUGGAAGUGGCCGGUUAUGAUCUUUGUGAAGACAUGCUGAAGGAGAUCAUGUGCCAGGAGUGCUCUCCAUAUGCCGCCCACCUCUACGACGCCGAGGACCCGUACACGCCUGUCAGAGAACUACCCGGCCUUUGCUUUGGAUACUGCUCAGAGUUUCACAGCAAAUGUCGCCACGUGGUUAAAUAUUUAACCGAGAACCAGCGGCUGAAGGACGCCUCUGAGCGAGAUGCGUCCACCUUCUGCAGCAUGGUCAACCUGUCGGACCAGGACUAUUGCUACCCAAACGUUUUGAAGACCCCUGACCUCAACAGCAACCUGGGACAGGUGGUGGAGGACCCCAGAGGGUGUCUCCAGCUGUGCCUGACAGAGGUGGCCAACAACCUCAGGAACCCCGUGUUGAUGCUGCACAGCAGCGACGACACCCAUCGCAUGUUCAUCGCAGAGCAGGUGGGCUUUGUGUGGGUUUACCUGCGCGAUGGCAGCCGGCUGGAGCAGCCCUUCCUGGACAUGAGCGGGGAGGUGCUGACCACACCGUGGCUGGGGGAUGAGAGGGGCUUCCUGGGCAUGGCCUUCCACCCCAAGUACAGGAGCAAUGGACGCUUCUUCAUCUACUACUCAAUCCAGGUCAACAGCAAGCUGGACAAAGUCAGAAUCAGUGAGAUGAAGGUGUCUGCCUACGACAUGAACGUGGCUGAUCCUUACUCAGAGAGGGUCAUUCUAGAGAUCGACGAGCCGGCCGCUAACCACAACGGAGGCCAGCUGCUGUUUGGUCUGGAUGGAUAUUUGUACAUCUUUACUGGAGAUGGUGGAAAAGCUGGGGAUCCAUUCGGGAAGUACGGCAACGCACAAAACAAGAGUGCUCUGUUGGGGAAAGCACUGCGCAUUGAUGUAGAUGGACGUGACCCCAGCGGGAAGCCGUACAGGAUCCCACCUGAUAACCCGUUUCGCAGUGACCCAGACGCCCGACCCGAGGUGUUUGCGUAUGGGGUCAGAAACAUGUGGCGGUGCUCUGUGGACCGCGGGGACCUGGUCAGUCGUUACGGCAGGGGCAGGAUAUUCUGCGGAGAUGUGGGUCAAAACCGCUAUGAGGAGAUCGACAUUAUCGUGAAGGGAGGAAACUAUGGAUGGAGGGCCAAAGAGGGCUUUGAGUGCUAUGAUAUGAAACUGUGCCACAACCCCUCCCUGAAUGACAUCCUCCCUAUAUUUGCAUACAGCCAUCAUGUUGGGAAGUCUGUGACGGGGGGAUAUGUGUACAGAGGAUGUGAAUCACCCAAUCUGAACGGCCUGUACAUUUUUGGAGACUUUAUGAGUGGUCGAAUCAUGGCGUUAGAGGAAGAUAAGUCGACGGGAGCUUGGAAGGAGAGGAGUGUUUGCAUGGGCACCAAGAAGACCUGCUCGUUCCCCGGACUCAUCAAUCAUCACCACAAGUUCAUCAUCUCGUUCGCUGAAGACGAAGCAGGGGAGCUCUAUUUUUUGGCCACCGCGUACCCGAGUGCCAUGUCUCCUUUGGGAACCGUGUUCAAAUUCAUGGACCCUUCCAGGAGAGCUCCUCCAGGCAAAUGUAGGCAGAAGCCUCUGCCUGUCAAAGUGAGGGGGAAGAAGGUUCCCUUCAUGCCCAGAGAACUGACUGUGCUGGACACCAACGAAAAACCAACGAGACCGCCACCGAGAAAAUACAAAGUCACCACCAGACGGCCGGUGACAAGCAGCAAGGUCAAAACGACAACGACGGCUAAGACAACGACAACCGCUAAGACAACGGCAUCAACAACGAUGGCUUCAACGACGACGGCUUCAACGACGAUGGCUUCAACGACGGCUUCAACAACGAUGGCUUCAACGACGACGGCUUCAACGACGACGGCUUCAACGACGAUGGCUUCAACAACGAUGGCUUCAACGACGAUGGCUUCAAUGACGAUGGCUUCAACGACGAUGGCCAAGACGAAAGCUACAACAACAACCGUUAAGACAACAGCUUCAACGACGACGGCUUUAAAGAUGAUGGCGAAGAUGAAAACUAAAACGACAGCCGCUAAGACAACGGCUUCAACAACGACGGCUCCAACAACGACGGCUUCAACGACGAUGGCCAAGACGAAAGCUGCAAUGACUAACACAACGGCUUCAAUGUCGACAACUACGACGUCGAUGGCUACAGCGACCGCUACAGUGGCGACAGUGUCGAUGAGCGAUACUGUGAAGCCGAAAAGGAAAUUACUUGAUGUGAAAGCGAAAGAAGAAAAGAAGAAGAAGAAGAAGAAAAACAAUUUGAAGCCGUGGAGGAAGAACAAAGUGCCGAACAAGCAGGCAGCUAACGUUCAAAUGAAGAGGACCACUUUGAAACAAAAACCCAAGAAACAAUCCAAAAAGCCUGACGGUGACAGAAUAAAACCAAAGACCAACCAAACAGCCACAGACGGUGUAAAACGUAACGUCCUAAAAACCCCUAAAAGCCUGAAAAACAACACAAUCCACACGAGGAAGGUUCCCCAAAGGAAAGAUGUGCGGGAGCCAACCAGACACGGGAAAAACAGCGUAAAGCUGAGAGAGUAUGGCGCCUUCAUGAAUGAAACUAAGACUAACUUGAAUGUAAAAACAAACCGAACGACGCAGAACAAACCUCAGGUGAAAAACAAGCGAGCGAAACAUGACAAAGCACUUUAA